UCAGGACACCGCCUCCUGCAGCUGGUGGAUGAAACCAAGUGUGAGGGGAAAACAGAGUGGCGCGCGCUCGGGGGUCUCCCGCUUCACCCGCAGACACGCUCUCCGAGGCCAGCGGCCACCCCUCCCAUGGCGGCGCAAUAUGGCCCGGCCCGGGGCGAGGGGGCGGGGACCCGGAUUUGAAGAGCCGGCCUUUGAGCUAAAGGCGGGAAAUGGCGGAUUCCUCGGGACGCGGAGCUGGGAAGCCUUCCGCGGGGGGUCCCGGUACUCCUGGUGGCGCUAAGAUGAAAGGAAGAAAAACACAAGGUGGAAGAGUCGUUGAGUCCCGAUACUUGCAGUACGAGAAGAAAACCACCAAAAAGACUUCUGUAGCAGAGGUAGUGAAGACCGGUGGGAAGAUGCCUGAAGGGGGAAGGAAACUCCACAUGCUCCAGAAGAGCAAAGACAGCAGCGGAAUCGGGAAGGGCGACCUGCAGUCCACAUUGCUGGAAGGGCACGGCACUGCCCCGCCAGACCUGGACCUCUCGGCCAUCAAUGACAAGAGUAUGAUUAGAAAGACUCCGCAGCUAGAAAAGACGAUGUCGAAGAGAACCGACUCGUCAUCAUUUUCUUCUUCACAGAGAAAGAGCCCGGACCUAUCAGAGGCGAUGGAAAUGAUGGAAUCCCAGACAUUGCUCCUGACCCUGCUGACCGUGAAGAUGGAGAAUGGUCUCGCUUCAUUCGAAGAAAAGGCAGAGAGGAAUUUAUUAAUAAUGUGUAAAGAGAAGGAGAAGCUACAGAAGAAGGCCCAUGAGCUGAAGCGCAAACUUCUCCUCACUCAGCGGAAGCGGGAGCUGGCAGACGUCCUUGACGCUCAGAUCGAGAUGCUCAGCCCCUACGAGGCUGUGGCCGAGCGCUUUAAGGAGCAGUACAAGGCGUUCGCCACGGCCCUGGACACCACGAGGCACGAGCUUCCCGUGAAAUCGGUCCACCUGGACGGGGACGGGCAACGGUUCUUAGACAAUUUGCAGCAGGAGUUGACGACCACAUGCCAUCUGCUGGAAGAACUGGGGAUCGGCAGUUUAGAAGAAAACAUGAAAGCUCUGGACCUGCUGAGCGAACUCAAGGAAAUGACCCAAAGGAAGGAUCUGGAACUCCGAAGGAGCUUUGCCCAGGUGCUGGACCUCUCGGCCGAGGCGAGCAGAGAGGCGGCUUUAAUCAACCAGGAGGUCUGGGAGGAAGCCCAGGGCCUGGAGGCCCCCAGCCAGUGGUACUUCAACCAGGAAGGCGCCGGCGGGGAAGCUCUGGGGCUGGUCCGGACCCCGCUCCUGUUGGGCGCCGGAGAGCCACACACGGCGUGAGUCUGCAUGCCAGCCGUGUGCCCCCCGCCCAAGGGGGGACCUCCCUGCUGACCGCCGGGAAGAAAGCCCAGCCCCUCCCCCGGCUCAGUGCACACGUGUGUGCCGCAGCCUCGUGUGUCACGCUCUGGGAGCUCAAGCACUUUAGACACUACUUUGGCGAUGUAGCUGUUUUUGUACGAGCGUAUCAAUCACUUGAUAUUUAAAGAAUAAAACUUGUGCAGUCAA